AAAGGGAGGCCAGCCUGCUCGGGCGAGACCCUCUGGGGAUUCUAGAAACCCACCAUAAAAUAUUGAAAAUUCCGGCAUGAAAUUCAACGGCAUUCAAAACUUUCUCUCUCUUGUAUCGUCCCAUUCAUUUUUUUUGCGUUAUUAGUCAAACAGGAGACUCCUCAAAACUUCCCAGCUCUUACCGGUGUGGUCAGAAAACGGAGGCACGCAUCACUACGCUUACUUCUCCUACAUUGCUAAAUUCUCCCCCAAUUCUUAGCUUAUCGUUUUGUUUUGGGGUCUCUUGCGACUUUAGAAAGAGAUGGCUCAGAACGGAAAAGUUAUCUCAAACUGUGCACAUGCUUCAAAUCCUUACCAUGAAUGUUCGGAGGCUUGCUUGAGAAAGAUCAAGGAAGGGAAGACACAGAAAAACCAAAAGAAAUCAGGUUACCCCAAAAGUGUAACCAACGGUGAGCUUGGCAAGAAGACUAAUGAAGACAAACGAAGGCACUCAUCUUGCCCAAAAGCAUCUAAUCCUUAUCAUGAAUGUAAUGAGAAUUGCUACAAGGGAAUUUCAACAGCCGAGUCAGGUGCCAAUAAGAUGGUCAGGAGAAAGAAGCCAGAACCACCUGUUAUUGACAGUGUUCCUGCCUCAAAAAUUGGAGCAAUUUAUUUCUCUGAUGUUUCAUCACCAAUAGCACAUUAUUCUGAAAAGAACGGGGCUGAGGUAGUGAGCAGUAAGAACGUAUCUCCCAAGCCAGUUUCAAGAGAAAUUCAUCACGAAGAAAUUGUGCCUGCCUUCCACAAAGACCUACCAAAGGAUCAUGCCAAGCAGCUUGGCAGCCCAAAACACACAAAUCAAGAGGAGGAAAAAAAUGGUUCUCAGAAGGUUUUUCCAAUCACCUACGUUGAUGACACAGGAGGUCUCACUGCUUCAAAUGGUGGAUCCAUGGAUUUUAGCAAUGAAGACAGUGACGAGGAUGGGAUUGAAUCCGUGGUUUCAGAAUCCCGUGUUUCAAUUGGAAGGUAUCAUGUGAAAGAAAGUUAUGCUCCAAUCCUGCAAUCAAUUUUUGACAAGUAUGGGGAUAUAGGACAAAGCUGUCAUUUGGAAUCAGUUGCCAUGCGCUCUUAUUACAUGGAGUGUGUAUGCUAUGUGGUUCAAGAGCUACAGUCCUCCUCACCAAUGGAGUUAACGAAGCCCAAAGUCAAGGAAUUAUUAGCAAUUCUUAAGGAUGUUGAGUCUGCUAAACUCCGAGUAGCCUGGUUGCAUAGUAUCCUUGAAGAAAUUGCUGAAAACAUGGAAACCAUCAAUCAGCACCAGGAGGUGGAGAUGGCAAAGGCUAGCUGUGAUCGUGAAGUUGAGUCCCUGAGGAAAGAGCUGGAAUCAAAUUUGAAAACUUUGGCUCAGAAAGAACAAGAGGUCACUACUAUCAAAACACGAAUUGCUGAUGCCAGAGAUCGCUUGAAGGAGCUUGAGUUCCAGUCUUCCGAACUGGACAAGAGUAUGCUGUCGAUCAAGUCUGAGGUCGGUAAAUUUGAUAGUAAAUCCUUGUUAGAUGGGUUAUUGUAGUACUGCUCCGGAGCAAUUUCGUCUUUGAAAUGUCCAAAAAAUCAACUAGUAGUAUAUUCAAUGAAUAAAUUCGUUAAGUUACAUACAUAAGCAGGGCAAGAACAUGUAGAAUAGGCAUGCAUCCUUAUUGUUCUUCUAUGCAUUGUGUUACCACAGAACAUUGCAAUGUUGGGUACACAUGAUACUAGGCUUCAGUAGGCUUGUAAAUCAUAUACAUUUUGGGUUCAUUUUGAAAUCUGUGUUAAAACUUUAUUUGUUGUACUGCAAGCAUGGUGGGACUGAUCUAAAGCGUACAAUGUAUCAAUCUUAUAUCUCUGUUUCAAGUAA